AUGAAGAUUUGGGGGAGCCACAAGUUCUUUAAAAAGAGGGUCAUGGUCGACCCGCCCACAGACCUCAAAUUUAAAGGCCCCUUCACAGAUGUAGUCACUACAGAUCUUAAACUUCGAAAUCCAUCAGACAGAAAAGUAUGUUUCAAAGUGAAGACAACAGCACCUUGUCGGUCCUGUGUGAGGCCAAACAGUGGGAUUAUUGAUCCAGGGUUGACUGUAACUGUUUCAGUAAUGCUACAGCCUUUUGACUAUGAGCCAAAUGAGAAGAGUGACGACAAGUUUAUGGUACAGACGAUUUUUGCUCCAACAAACACUUCAGAUAUGGACGCUGUGUGGAAAGAAGCAAAACCUGAUGAACCGAUGGAUUCUAAAUUGAGAUGUAUACUUGAAAUGCCCACUGAAAAUGAUAAAUUGAUUGAUAUGGAGGCUGCUAAACCUCAUUCAAAAGCAGAUGGGACCCUGAUGAAACAGUAUAGUAGUCCUUCAUUCAAUGAUACGGCAACAAAAAGACUAGUGGAAAAGUGUAAACGACUUCAAGGAGAAAUGAUGAAAUUAUCAGAAGAAAAUCGACACCUGAGGGAUGAAGGUUUAAAGCUCAGAAAGGUAUCACAGAUGGAAAAACGAAGCUCAAACGUGAUUCCUUCACUUCUUGUUGUAAUUGCAGCCAUUUUCAUUGGAUUCUUUUUAGGGAAAUUCAUCUUGUAGAAUGAAGCAUGCAGAGUGCUAUUUUCUUUUUUUUUUCCUUGACCAGAAAAAGAUUUGUUUACCUACCAUUUCAUUGGUAGUACGGCCCACAGUAACCAUU